UAAACAAGAAAAAAGUUUUAAUUAAAUUUUGUGUCAACUUAAUUGUUUAAUUAUUUUCUUCCAGAUUAAUAUUUCAUUUGAACAGUUUUCUAUUUGGUCUAAUCGAAAAUCAUCAACAAUCAAUUUCUUUCUUAAACUGGUCUAUCUUCUUGGUCAAUCGUCUAAUGUUUUAUAUCUAAUUGGUUAAACAAUUGAUUACAAAAUGGCUGAUGAACAGGAACUAACACAAUUAGAGAUAAUGUGUAAGCAAUUAUACGAAGCGACAAACACCGAGGAACGAACUAAAGCAGAAGCAUCUCUGGUCGCAUUUAGCAAUUCACCUGAUUGUCUUAACAAGUGUCAAUUACUUUUGGAAAGAGGAGUGUCUUCUUAUGCUCAACUAUUGGCUGCUACGACAUUGACAAAACUUGUCAGCCGAACACCCAGUGCUCUGUCCCCUCAACAGCGAUUAGAUAUCCGAAACUAUGUCCUUAAUUAUCUAGCCACUCGGGGUAAACUUGCUCAUUUUGUUACCCAAGCUUUGGUUCAGUUAUAUGCGCGAAUCACCAAAACAGGCUGGUUUGAAUGUGUCAAGGAUGAAUGUGUCUUUAAAAAUGUCUUACCUCAGAUAAGACCCUUUCUACAGGAAUCAAAUUCAGUUGAAUAUUGUAUCAUUGGUGUCCAAAUAUUAUCUCAAUUAACAUGUGAAGUUAAUCAAAUUAGUGGAGAUGAGGCAAGUCGGUCAAUAGCAAAACAAAGGAAAAUAGCCUCUUCUUUUCGAGAUACACUUCUUUAUGAAAUAUUUCAAAUAUCUCAUGACUUUUUGAGAAGAGCCUUGGAAAUUUGGAAAAAUACCAAUUUUGAAGAUACAAAUCAAAAAACAUUGAUCCAUCAACUUCUCCGAUUAUCGCUUUCGUGUCUAAUAUUUGAUUUCAUUGGCACCUCACCUGAUGAGUCUUCUGAUGACCUUACGACGGUCCAGAUACCAACAAACUGGAAACCAGCUUUCCUGGAUUUUAAUACUCUUCAACUCUUUUUUGAUCUCUACCGGUGCUUACCGUCAGCUUUAUCACCUUUAGCUCUCUCCUGCUUGGUUCAAAUUGCUUCAGUCCGCCGAUCACUGUUCAGCAAUCAAGAACGUGCCAAAUUUCUGAUGCAGUUAGUCAAUGGUGUUCGAUACAUAUUGGAAAAUCCUAAUGGACUAUCAGAUCAAAGUUGUUAUCAUGAGUUUUGUCGCUUAUUAGCUCGUCUAAAAUCCAAUUUCCAGCUUAGUGAGCUUGUCAAGGUCGACGGUUAUGCUGAAACAAUCGCACUUAUCACCAAAUUCACCGUAACAAGUUUACAGAUGUGCCAAUGUCCACCCAAUUCGAUUCAUUAUUUGUUGAAUCUUUGGCAAAGAAUGGUGGCAUCUGUACCUUACGUUAAGGCCCAAGAACCGCAUCUUCUUGAAACUUACACACCGGAAGUGACCCGAGCCUACAUUACGUCAAGAUUAGAUGCAGUAGCUCGGAUUGUUAAUGAAGGUUUAGAAAGUCCUUUUGAAGAUAUUGGAAUGAUUCAACAGCAAUUAGAGCAAUUAUCGACCAUAGCUCGUUGUGAAUAUGAAAAAACUUGUGCACUCAUCGUUCAAUUGUUUGAUCAAACCGCACAAACAUACCAAGAGUUGUUACGUGCUAAUCCAUCACCAAGAGUUGAAGUGACAAUUGCUGAAGGACAACUCACAUGGCUUGUUUAUAUCAUUGGUGCUGCUAUUGGGGGUAGAGUCUUUUUGAAUAGCACCGAAGAACAUGAUCAAAUGGAUGGCGAAUUGGCUUGCAGAGUAUUACAGUUGAUGCAGUUAACUGAUGCUCGGCUAGCUCAAGGUGGCUUUUGUGAGGAGUUAGAGUUGGCAAUUCUCAGCUUUUUUGAACAAUUUCGUAAAAUUUACAUUGGAGAUCAAGUUCAGAAAACAUCAAAAGUAUAUCGUCGCCUAUCAGAAGUAUUAGGACUAAGCGAGGAAACUCAAGUUCUCAGCAUAUUUGUUAGAAAGAUAAUCACAAAUCUAAAAUAUUGGGGUGUCAGUGAAAUGAUCAUCUCGAAAACUUUACAAAUUCUCAAUGAUUUAUCCGUCGGCUACAGUAGUGUACGAAAACUGGUCAAACUAGAGGAAGUUCAGUUCAUCCUAAGCAACCAUGCAAGUGAUCAUUUCCCAUUCCUGAGCAACGCUGCUCCAAUCAAUCAGAUGCGAUGUCGAUCAACAUUUUACACAUCAUUGGGUAGAUUGUUGAUGAUCGAUCUCGGUGAAGAUGAGGAGAAAUUUGAAGUUUUCAUGAGGCCUCUAACCGCAGCCUUCGAUGCUCUUGGAUCAAUGCUUCUUUCACCUGAUCCCUCAAUCUAUGAUACAGAGGAAGCAAAGAAAGCUUUAAUUGGAAUAGCCAGAGACCUUCGUGGCCUUGUCUAUGCAUUCAAUACCAAAACCAAUUAUAUGAUGUUCUUUAAUUGGAUUUAUCCUGCUUACACUCCCAUUUUCCACCGAGCCAUCGAUCUAUGGUAUCAUCUACAUCAGGUCACUACACCAGUUCUUAAAUUGAUGGCUGAACUUGUUCAAAAUCGCUCUCAAAGGCUCCAAUUUGAUGUAUCAUCUCCAAAUGGUGUUCUUUUAUUCAGAGAAACAAGUAAAAUGAUAGUCAACUUUGGAAGUCGAGUCUUAACCAUGGGCGAGAUUCCACAAGAUGAAAUUUACCAGCGUAAAUUGAAAGGUGUUUCUAUCUGUUUUUCCAUGCUUAAAUCCGCUCUUUGUGGUGGUUAUGUUAAUUUUGGUGUCUUCAGAAUCUAUGGUGAUGCAGCUUUGGAUGAUGCAUUAAAUAUAUUCAUCAAAUUACUCCUUUCAAUAUCGCAAACCGAUCUACUUAACUAUCCAAAGUUAAGCCAAACCUAUUACAUUCUGUUGGAAUGUCUUGCUCAAGAUCACAUGAACUUCCUUGCCCAUUUAGAACCACACAUUUUCCUGUACAUCCUUUCAUCCAUAUCCGAAGGGCUUAAUGCUCUUGACACUAUGGUUUGCACUGGAUGUUGUUCAACACUGGAUUACAUUGUGUCGUAUUUAUUUAAAUUGUUAUCCAAGAUGAAUAGUUCCGUUGGUAGAGAGCAAGAAACUUGCCUUAAGGUUUUAAAAAUGAGCCCGGAAAUCUUACAGCAAAUGUUAGCCACCAUUUUGAAUAUUAUUAUGUUUGAAGAUUGUAGGAAUCAGUGGUCAAUGUCAAGACCCUUGUUGGGUUUAAUUUUACUCAAUGAAGAUUAUUUCCAACAAUUAAGACAACAAUUAAUCUCCUCACAACCACCCGAUAAACAACCAGUGAUGGCUCAAUGGUUUGACAAUCUAAUGAGAGGAGUUGAAAGAAACCUUCUCACCAAAAACAGAGACAGAUUCACCCAAAAUUUAUCUUUAUUCCGUCGUGAUAUAAAUGAUUCAAUGAAAGCACCAGCUCUUUAUAGCAAUUCGACAAUAAAUUUCCCUGAAACAUCCGCAAUGAUGAGCUGUUCGUGAACCAUUUUCAAAGUUCUUAUUUUUGCUAUAAAAUCGGAGACACAAAAUUUAAAAGAAAAUGGAUCUUGUAAAGUGUCAAUGGAAACGAUUCAAUGGAUUAAACAUUAUUGGCGAUUUUCCCUUGACCAUCACGAACUCACAUUUUCUUACUUCUUCUUUUGCUUUAACCUUUUCUCUCUUUUUUUUCUGUUUCUUUUCUCCUUCUCUUACCUUUUCUUACUUUUCUUCUUCUUCUUUUUCCUCCUCUCUGUUUAUCUCUGUCUCUAUUGUACCAUCGAUGGAUAUUUUUUUAAAUUUAUUUAAUCAAGAUCGUUUACCUUCAUAAAUAAGAAGAGAAGUUAUUGAAAUGUA